AUGUCAACUAAAGAAUACAUAACCUUGAUCAUAGAUGCAUCAAAAUUAAUGGAAGCCAAACUGGUUGCAAGUCAGGAUGCGACGGAUUUUCAAUUGGCAUUGAAGUUCGCUAUAGAUAUGUUGAGUAAACAAUUAUUGAGAAACCGCAAACUGGAUCGCUACUCAAUCCUCAUAUACACACCAACUGAUGUUCAAUUCGUAUACUAUAACGAGCCUGUUUCACUUUCUAGAGUGAGGGAAUUCUAUGACAUGGCAAUCAAAACACAUGAUAAUGCUGUAGACUCACCUGGCGAUUAUUGCAUUCUAGAUGCUUUGGCAGAGGCGUUGCAGAGUCAAAUUGCAAACAAAUUCGUUCGAAGUAUUUACAUUGUGACCAAUGGAGCUGGCACUAUCAGCGAUGCUAAUACGGACUUGGAUAAAUUGAAAAACAUAGCCGAGAGUUACCCUGUGAUCACGAACUUGUUGUUGCUCAACAAUGAGCACAAUGCAGAGACUAAAAGCUAUUUCGAGAAUUUGGCAGCAAUGUUUGACGGAAGGCUCCGCAUUUCUGAUUUUGAAGCUUUCACAUCAAGUGGUCCGCCUUUGAAGUUGAUUGGUCCUCGUUGUAUGACUGAUUGCUCGCUAUCCUUCAUUCAAGGUGGAUUACAAGGUGAAGGCAUACACCUCAAUGUUCAAGUGUAUCCGGCAAUCCGAGCCCAGAGUCAAGUUCUGGGUCAUGAGUUUAUACAAGACCCCAAAACAAAAGACGUGACUCGUGUGAAAAGAAGCACCAAGUACUAUAUCAAAGAAAACACGGACAUUUCAGACGAGAUCUUUGUUUCAACCAGGGUCAAUAACAAAUCGAGCGAUUUAGAGAAUGAUAAAGAAUACGUUAAAGACUCAGAAUAUAUGUAUGGCUUCAAGUAUUCGCAAAGGAACGUGGUUGCAUUGUUACCAGAGUUGGAAGAAGCAGCAACAUUGGAAACAUCACCAGGGAUCAACAUUAUGGGAUUCAUUGACAGAAAACAUUUACCCGUUGCCUAUUUAACAGAUGAGCCGUCUUAUGUUAUCCCAAGUGUAAAAUCUGAAGCACACAACAAAGUAGCAUUCAAUUCCCUUGUGCAGGCAUUGAUUGAAUUACAGUCUGUGUCUAUCGUACGGUAUGUGCAAAAGGAAACAGAUGAAGUACAGAUUUGCUGUGCACUUCCACAAAGAUUUCGGGUGGGAGAAAAAUGGGGGUACGGUUUUGUCCUAAAUCGAUUGGCUAUGAAAGAAGAUGAAAAAAUUGGCAGGUUUCCUGAUCUCGAGUCACUGGGGCAAAAUGCACUAGAUUCUACGAUGGAGACAUUCGUGAGUGCAAUGAAGUUGAGGAACGACGCGACUGAGCCGGAUGUGUUGAAUAAUAUAAAGAUCGGCCUUUUAGAGUCAAAGUCAACGGCAUCUUCCCCGCGGCAAAAUUUCAAUUUCACCUUGGAAGAUAUGCUCUUAUCAUCUUGUCCUGCAACAAAACGCUACAAUCACUAUAUCGAGAAAAUACUUUACAGUUCACUAAAUGAGGCUUCGUUAACUGAUUUUGUGAGUCAAGACCAAUUUAUUGAAAGAUACCUCACGGGCGAUGAGAAACAGACAUUGCUCAACCUUGGUAACGUAUUUGACGUGGAGGAAAAUCUACUAUACACUGACGAUCACAAGAGUGCCAACUCCAUUGAAGCCACCGUGAAAUCGGUGUUUGACAUUAAUUUUACAACUCAAUCGAAACCAAGCCGCAAGAAACGGAAAACAGACACUGUUUUCGGCAUGGAAAACAAUGAUGAAUUUGAUGAAUACUUUGAUAUAGAUGAGAUCUUAGCAGGGUGA